UAGACAGAAAAAAGAAAAAAAUUUAGUAGGACGAAAAGACGGUUCCUACUUCACUCUGCCAAAAAAGAGAGAAACCAAAAAGGAGAGGAAGUAGUAAAAUCUAAACCAGUGGGAUACCUCAAGACAGAACCAAAAUAUCCCAGAAAAACAAAACAAGAACAAUUUCAGAAUUAUUUGGUGACUCAUACUCAAAACCCAGUUCAGACUUAAAAGAAAGAGAGAAGAAGAAGAAAUAAUUGAUGUUGCAAAAGAGAAAAAAUUUAGAACUUUUAGUAGUGACUGAGGACUGAGUCACAAAGAAAUAAAAAUUCCAAGUCUCUCUUUACUUAGCACUGGAGGAAUCUAGUCCACGGCAUUAGCAACAUCAUCAUUUAUUUAAUUGAUAUUCAAUUCAAGGGUCUUUCAUUAAUACACUCAAGAUCCUCUAAAAUUAAUCGAUGGGGGCAUUUAGUUUGUUUGGGUGGUUUAUUUUUCUUCAAUUUGCAGCCGUUUUAACUGACUCAGCCUAUGGUGAUGUUAAAGGAUUCACUGGAACCUAUGGAAUAAACUAUGGGAGAAUUGCUGACAAUAUCCCUUCGCCUGACAAGGUUGUAAAGCUUCUCAAAGCAGCAAAAAUAAAAAAUGUUCGAAUCUAUGAUGCUGAUCAUAGUGUCCUCAAGGCAUUUAAAGGGUCUGGUCUCGACCUAGUAAUAGGACUCCCUAAUGAAUACCUGAAAGACAUGAGUUUUGAUCCGAACAAUGCCAUGAGUUGGGUAAGAACAAAUGUUCAGCAGUUCUUGCCCGAGACACGUAUUCGUGGGAUUGCGGUAGGUAAUGAGGUUUUGGGAGGUAACAAUCACGACAAUGAACAGGCUUUAGUGGGUGCAGUCAAAAACAUCUAUAAUGCUAUCGACAAGCUUCAUUUGGCUGAUAUUGUUCAGAUUACAACUGCACAUUCUCAAGCUGUGUUUUCUAAUUCAUAUCCCCCAUCUUCAUGUAUUUUUCGAGCGGAUAUUGUGCAAUACAUGAAACCAAUGUUGCAGUUCUUUUCACAAAUUGGUUCUCCUUUCUGCAUCAACGUCUAUCCGUUUCUAGCCUACAUGAGCGAUCCUGAACAUAUCAAUCUUAACUAUUCUCUUUUUCUGUUAAAUGAUGGUAUUGAUGAUAACUAUACGAAACUCCACUACGAUAACAUGUUUGAUGCUCAAGUUGAUGCUUCUUAUGCUGCUUUAAAUGAUGCUGGAUUUAGUAAGAUGGAAGUUAUUGUUACUGAGACGGGUUGGGCCUCUCAUGGGGAUGAUAAUGAAGCAGUAGCUACACACCAAAAUGCAAGAACUUAUAACUACAAUCUACGUAAAAGACUUGCUAAAAGGAAAGGUACUCCAUACAGGCCAAAGAUUUUGGCGAGAGCAUAUAUUUUUGCAUUAUUCAACGAAAAUUUAAAGUCUGGGCCGACUUCAGAGAGGAACUUUGGACUCUAUAAACCUGAUGGUAGCAUCUCCUAUAAUAUCGGAUUCCCCAGUCUGUCAUCUGCAUCCUCAUCUAUGUUAUCUAUGAAGGUUGCGCGAAUUCAGGAUUCGUUAGGACUGUUCUCCAUGGUUGUGACUACUUGUGCCGCAGUGCUGCUUGUGAUGAUGGUUUAGUAUUGAUAAAUACAUUCUUCGUUAUUUAGAGAAAGAUAACCAUUCUGUAUCCAGGAACACACCACCCUUACUGUGCUGCACUGUAGUUGCAAUAUAUCACCCAUCCAUUGUGUGGGCAGCUUUAGGUAAGAUUACACUGUCGGAGUAUUAAACUGGACAUUGCUGAUCAUUUUAUCUAUUCGGCAAUUCAUACUGGGCUGUACAAAUUACAAUAUAUACAUUUGAAUUUCAAUUAUUGCUGAAAAAUUAGAAAUAUUCUUGGUAGAGAAAUGAUUAUCCCAGCUAGUAUUUGUUGGAAUUUGGUAGUAACACUGGAAGGUUUAAUGGCAA